CCUCCUCCUUUCUCCCCUAAUGAUCUUCCAAGCGCUGUGAUUGGUUGAGAUUGCUCUUUUGCGAUAAAGCGCGACGGUGCGGGUAAACAAAUAGCGCGACUUGAUAGUUUUAUUUUAGUAUCAUGCUUCCUCAUCUUAUCGAAAGACCUCGCUCUGCGACUAUGGAUUCACGCGUUUUGGAGACAGCUUUUCCACAUUUAGCUGGAAUGGGACUUCAUGCAUUCUCGCAUCUCACAGGACCUUACGGUUCUUUAGGAUUACCGUACAGUUAUGCGGAUUACCAACAUCUUCAGCACGCAGUGUCGGUGAGCACGGGGCACAGUAAUCUCCCGUUUUCCGUAGAUGGUAUCCUCAGUUCGGUCCACCAGGGCUCCAGACACCACGCACACUCCCCUCAUAAUAUUAGCGAAGCCAGCCCCAACUCAGUUAAAUCAGACUGUGAUGAUAAGGAGAGCGCAGCAGCAAAAAGACGUAGGACUAGAACUAACUUCAGUGGCUGGCAACUGGAGGAGUUAGAGAGAGCCUUCCAGGACAGUCACUAUCCAGAUGUAUUCAUGCGCGAGGCCCUCGCACUCCGUCUAGAUCUCAUUGAAAGCCGCGUUCAGGUUUGGUUCCAAAACAGACGUGCUAAAUGGCGCAAGAAGGAGAACACCAAGAAAGGUCCAGGCCGUCCAGCUCAUAACGCCCACCCACAAACAUGUAGUGGAGAACCCAUAGACCCAGAUGAGGUGAAACGUAAGGAACAAGAGCGUCUUGAACGCAAGCGUCGAAAGCAAGAGGAACGCCUGAGGCUUAAGCAAGAUGGCAAAGGAAAUGACGGUAUUGAAGAUGAAAUCGAUGUCGUUGGUGAAGAGAGUACAGACAAUAAUGAAAAUAAUAGUGACUCUUGUUUCUCCAGUGAUAACAGUGAAGGUGGUCAAGCUGACCACCAUGAAGAGGAAGAUGCUCUUCACAAACCAGUGGUACGAUCUCCGUUCAGCAUCGACGCUCUUCUAGAAGCACCUAAGGUACCUCGGGGGCGCCGGCCAAACUCAAAAUACCCCAGGGUCCAGGCAAGCAAAUCAAUGAACCCUCUUUCUCUAGGCAUGAUGCCACUUUAUCCAAUUACCCAACCGUUCGGGUUUUUAGUGGAACGAGUUGGAACGCCAAAGUGUGAUGACGGUGAACAAGAAAUAGAGCUUGAUCUAAGCAUUUCAAAACCAAAGAAACACGAACAAUUUAGUCCCAAUUCACAACCAAGCCCUAAGACAGAAGGAGACAACUCCAGGGCAGACUCUAACAAUACAGCAACGCUACAUGUUACGGCAGAAGUCAAUGAACUCAAACGUGAUCUGAAAUCAGUUGAUACUAGUGGCAUAUCUGUAAAUAGCAUAUAAAAUAGAUUUAGUCUUGAGCAUAGUCAAAACUUGAUAACACGUGGUAUCAAAAAUGUUUUCAUAUGGGAUUACGUCAAGAAAAGCAUUUAAUGGUGGUACAACUAUUUUGAUACCAGGUGAUUCUGUUGCACAUAACGAGACGCAAGAACAAUUGAGUGAUGACGUAGUUCGUUCUGUUAAAGUAUUUUGCUACCAUUUAGUUUAUAUAUGUCAUUCAUUUGUUUUGGUUGAAAUAUUACCCUGACUUAGGCAUACGUACUGUCUAUCAGAAUGUAAAAACAUGUAUCUUUAUCAGAGUAUUUUGUAGUUGCCAGUCAGUAUUGUCAUGUUGAAUUAUUAAACAUCUGAGUUUUCAAGUUAUACCAUGAACAUUUUUUAUCAUAUAUUAGAUGUAGUGUUGUUACAAGCAACUGGUUUUGCUUGUAAAUAAACUGACGUAAAACAGACACGAUAAUGUUCAAUAGUUAGUAUUGCCCCAUAUACCUGUACCUAGUUACCCCAUCCCAAAACCAAGCAUGCACUUUACACACCCGCUGCUCGAUGGCACCAAAUCAAAUCAUUAUUGAAACCAAACCCAUAUUUAACGAUAACAUGUCAUGUCUGUCAUUGAUUUUGCCAAAUGUGAAUCCACAGUUUAUAUCAUCCACUCAAGUCAAACCACGUUCACGGUUGUCAAAAUCUCUCAGACUUCGCGUUUGAUCUAAUGUAGACUUAAAUCUUAGCAUAUCCUGAGAUCGCAACGGAUGGUCCUACAAGUCGCAGUACCUUAACUAUCCCCCUACUUAGAUAACGCCUGGUGAGAUUAGUUUACUUCUAUCAAUUGUUAUAUGAUGUUAUACAUGAUUCACCUUGAUAGAAAAAACUACAACAUUGACCAAUACCAACCUCUUAAUAUACAGC